AGGAGACAGGAGCGGGGCUGCCUCCCAAGGGAUCCCAGCGCAUCCCAACACAUCCCAGCGAAUCUCAGCGCCCGUCCCACCCUGCAGAACCAUGGCUCUCCCCGCCGCCCUUCUCCUGUGGCUCGCCUGCCUCCUGCUCCGCAGCGCGGCCCCAAAACCCACCUGCGACCCCAGCGCCUGCCCGCCGUGCCCCCAGGGUGACCCGGAGGUGACAGCCAGCCCCGGGGUCACCGGCUGCUGUCCCCCGUGCCCGCUGCCCUGCUCCUGCCCGCCCUACCUGGAGAGCGACUGCGAGAUGCAAGGAUUCCCCGACGGCCGCGUCCCCGCCGGCCGCUCCUUCUACAUCGACUUCGCCCGCAGGCUGUGCACCUGCCGGCCCGGCGGGGACAUCGCCUGCAGCCCGCUCUGCCCCCGGCCCGAGCCCGCCUGCCGCGCCCUGGGCAGCCCGGUGGCCGAUGGCUGUCCCCGCUGUGUGUGCUACGACCCGGAGGGGAUGGCGGUGCCCGCCGGCUCCUCCGUGCGCCGCGGCUCCCGGGAGUGCCGGUGCCCUGCCCUGGGCGGGGAGCUGCUGUGCGGAGAGCCUGGUAGCGAGGAGUGA